AUAUUUUGGACUAUAUUUAACUAUAUUCAAAAUUUGGUUCAGCUCUGGUUCAGUGGAAAGUCUGUAUAUUUCCUUAUAAACAAGAGGCACGCCCUCUGUUGAGCGUGUUGAUGACGUUUAUGUUGACCAAAGUGCCUCACCAGCAAGCAGUGAACCGGCGGGCGCAGUGACCCAGAAUUUGUAGGAAAAAGUUGUUCAAUGUAAUGGACUCUUCAAAGGAGGCUCUGAAUUCCACCUGCUUUAACUGGUAACUGCGGCUGAUUUUGCGGAGACACUGCAUUUGUCUAUCAUGGCAACGGAGUGCAUAAAACAUUGUUGCAUCUUGUUCCGAUCCAAAGGGAAGGAACCUGAACCUCAAGUUAUAAAAUCGAACCCAGUAGUUCGGGAAGAUGUUAAGAAGGGGAUUGGAGUAUCAGAGGACUACCUCAUGUCCAAACUUCCCAUGGAUGGUAAAGAGGUGCCCUUCGUGCUGCCCACUUUCAAGCCCUCGUAUAUCCAACCCCAGGGCUCCCGCUACGCAAGUUACCAGACUGGACAACUGAACUCAGCCAGGAGUGCAUAUGCUGAGAGGAAAGCUGAGCUUGUGGGGACCAGUAACAAAGCCUACGACCUCGACUCAACCAUUCACCCUGGCCAGAUGGUUAAUCACAUCUCACCUGGCUCUGUCCGACGGUCUAUCUUGGAGAACCAAGAUGGUAGUCCAACUUCAGCUCGAGACCUGAGAAACGGGAGGCAAAGACUGAGCAGCUCCUUGUAUGACCUGUCUAGUCCUAAUCACCCCCACAGUUACAUACAGAGAUACGACUCAGUGUCCAGCGUCCCAAGCAGUGCAUCCUCUGUGAGAGAUUCCUUUGGAAGCAGCCGUAGCCUAGAGUCCAUCACCUUAUCUGGAGAUGAGAAGGAACUGGGCAAGCUGUGUGUCAAGCUGAGCUACCAGGAGGCCCUAGAGCAGGUGUGGAUCACCCUGGUCCAGUGUAAAGACAUCCCAGUGGAGAACUCUGAGCACAAGAUUGGGAUUAAAGGAGUCAUCACCAUGGACAAACCAGUGCAGUUUAAGAGCACCCUUAAAGAAGGAUGUCCAGAUGCUUUGCUCAUGGAGACCUUUGUCUUCGCCCUGCCGCUGCAGCAGUUGCGCAGCUCUGUGCUGGUGUUGCGGCUGCAGACACACACGCCACGCAAGCACACUCUGGCCGAGUGUGUCCUCUCCCUGAGGCAGCUCAGCCCAGAGGAGACCCAUCACUGGCUGGAGCUCAGGCCUCCCUCCAAGUCCCGGGCGUGCCAUGCCGAGGUGCAACUGGCCACCUGCUUCCAGCCCGUCAACGGGCGCAUGCAGCUGCAGGUACUGUCUGCCCACAACCUGCCCUCCUCCUCCUCGCCGCUCAGCCAGAGUUUCUUUGUCAAGGCGGAGAUGCACUCACCGGACUUGCUGGUGACCAAGAGGAAGACGCGGGCGCUGAAGGUGUCUGGGGGGCAGGUGAAGUGGGCGGAGACCCUCCACUUCCCUCUAAGGGGGCCGGACUCCUCCUUCCACAUCUACACGAAACUCUACAGCCGUACGUCGGUCAGACGCAGACACUUUCUAGGACAGGUUCAUCUGGGAUAUGGCAGCCCUUCACCUACAGCUGUAGAGCAGUGGAGGGACUCCAUGGUCCACCCUGAGAAAGUGGUAGCUGACUGGCACACACUCACAGCUCCCUGACCUGCCUAGGGCGCAUAUCCUCCAAAAUCCCACAGCGGGCUUCAGUUCGUUAUACAUGCAAAUAUCACUGUGCUUUAGUGAAAUGUUAUCAUUUCUUCUCAGUAUAAAUGGUAGCAUUAUUUUUGUAACAUCUUCAUUAAGUACUUCAAAUCCUUGAGAGUGUAUAUUUGGAUUGAACGUUAGCCAUCACCAACACAGCUAUGUUAUAUAACUGAUUUUGUUAGCAUCACAGUAAAUUUCUGUGUAGUUUAAUGAUGUGUAGAACAUAGUAUGGCCAUCAUAAAGGGUCACUACCUUAGAGAGGGGAUGAAAGCUGUUUUCCAUAGCUACACAGGGCCACAGCUUACCAUCACUCUGUACUACAGUAGUCCAGUAGCCCAGCUAGCAUUUGUAAUAGUCUAACUACAGUUGAAGCUUCAUGUAGUUUAAUAAAACAUUUUUAGACAUUCUAUGAAUGGCUCGCUCUGUGGUGCUUUCCACAGACAUUGUAUGUUAUGGUUAUUUUGUUUGAUCUGGUACCACAUGUAUGCCUGGCCCACAGACUCAGAUCAGCUGUGUUACCUUACAUUCAAUGUGUUUGUGGGAGGUUUGAGGUAUUGAUGACCUCUGUCAUAAUGCAGAAUGAAGCCCAAAAUAUGGGCUCCAGCAUGCCUGCAGACUUUGGACGCUUAGACCAAAGCUAAUUAUAUUAUAUUUGUGCUAGAGAUGUUUAUAGCAUUGCUGCUGUUUUUUUGUAUGAAGCAUGGAAACAAAGAAUAUUUAAAUACUGUAAUAUUAUAUUUUGCCUUUAUUUCCUCCUUCAUAAACAUUGUACCACUGUCUCGUUUUUUAUAUCAUUUGAAUGAAUUUUAAAGCAAAUGUUGGUUUUAUAGUUUCACUUGUGUUUUGUAUUUUUUUGUAUUGGUAGGCUUGGUUGAUGCAUAUGCUCACAGUACACAGGGUACAUACUUACUAAUGGAUGAAGUAGAUUAAAACUGACUCAACAGAACUGAAUAGGAAUGUUCCCAAAUACAGAACAAAACAUGACUUAAGGUGUAGCAGGAAUGCAUUAUUCCUCUAGAAAUGGAGGGUACGAAAGAAAGGGUUCUCUCUCCUGAACAAACACUAAACACUAUCUACACUUUUUUCUGGCCUACUUUCAGAAACUGUGGGGACAAUUUCGUCUUUGCUUCAUAUUUGUUCUACCCCAUGUCAAAUGUUCAUUACCACGGUACAAUAAAGAAAACACUUUUAGAAACAGACCUGUCUUAACAACCCCAUUAUUACAUCAUUGCUUUAGUGUACCA